AUGUCAGAACUAUACCAUGGCCUCGACUUGUCGAUAGAUACGAUACGACUUUUCACCAUACGAGAUGGAGAUGCGUCCAGUCCUAUUCAAUGCGACCUCAAAGUCAUCAGUCGCGAAACCUGCCAGAACGACUACGUCGCUCUGUCUUACUGUUGGGGCGAUCCAUCCGACAAAGACACAAUCUUCGUGAAUGACCGCCCACUUGAUGUUCCUCGCAAUUUAGUUGCGUAUCUUCGAAAAGCUCGGAUAGAAUCAGAUGAGGAGACACCACGGAAACCUUUGUGGGCCGACUCCAUCUGCAUCGAUCAAGCCAAUCUGGACGAACGAAGUCGCGAAGUCUGGAAAAUGAAAAGAAUCUACGAAGACGCCGGCCAAGUAAUGCUAUGGCUUGGACCAGAG